AUGAUGGCUCACGGCCCCAACGCGCUGCACAGCUUCAUAGCCGACAAGUUCGAGGCCGCAAUGGGACGAGAACUACCGCAGAUGGAAGUACGCUACCAAAACUUGAGCGUCACAGCCAACGUGACAGUGACGGGUAAGAUCACGGCCGAGUCGGAGCUGCCGACGGUAUUCAACUCCAUCAAGCGCAGUCUCGCCAAGUUCGCGUGGAACAAGCGCGUGGUGCAGAAGGAGAUCAUCAAGAACGUCAGCGGUGUAUUCAAACCGGGCACCAUCACUCUGUUGCUGGGCCAACCGGGCUCAGGCAAGACAUCUUUGAUGCGUGUACUUGCCGGUCAAUUCCCUAAAAGCGGGAAUGUCGAGAUCGAGGGGGAUGUGUCGUACAAUGGUGUGUCUCGAGAGGAGAUCACAAAGCUGCUCUCUCAAUUCUUGACACAAUUCGACAAGCAUUUUCCCAAACUCACAGUACGAGAGACGUUGGAGUUCGCCUAUGCAGUCUGCGGUGGCGGCAUGCCGAAGCAUACGGAGAAGAUGCUGAGUAAUGGUACACCAGAGCAAAACGCGGAGGCUCUAGAGACAGCUACGAAGUACUUCGAAAACUACCCAGACCUGGUCAUUGAGCAACUCGGUCUGCAUAUUUGCCAGGACACAAUCAUUGGCAGUGGCAUGCUGCGUGGUGUAUCAGGUGGUGAACGUAAGCGCGUGACUACGGGUGAGAUGGAUGCGGCGACCUUCAAUAUCAUCACGACGCAGCGAAGUAUCGCCAAAUGCCUCCACAAGACGAUCGUGAUAGCGUUACUGCAACCUGCACCGGAAGUGUUCAACCUCUUCGACAACGUCAUGGUGUUAAAUCAAGGCGAAAUCGUCUACCACGGUCCUCGAAACCACGCUGUGUCCUACUUUGAGACCCUAGGGUUAAAGUGUCCACCUCGUCGUGAUGCUGCUGACUUUUUGCUGGAUUUGGGCACGACCAUGCAGAAGAAGUAUCAGGUUGAGUUGCCGAUGGGGAUGACUCAACCCCCUCGUCUAGCUAGCGAGUUCUCGGACUAUUGGCGUCAGUCUCCGCUGUACGCUGACUUGAUCGGGGCGAUCAACGCUCCUCACGACCCCGAGCGCUUGAAGGAUACCGUCACGGCGCGUCAGUGGAGACUUACGAAGCGCAACACUUCGUUCAUUUACGUCCGAGCGUUGAUGGUGGUGGUCAUGGGUCUCAUCUACGGUAGUACCUUCUACCAGACCGACCCGAAGGACGCACAGAUGACCAUCGGGGUUCUGUUCCAGGCGACGAUCUUCAUGAGUCUCGGCAACGGGACAUUUUCUACAAACAUCGCUCGGCUAAUUUCUACCGAUCGGCGUCGUUUGCCAUCGCGAACUCAUUGGCGUUGA